AGAAUAAUAACUAGAGAUUUUUCCUCGCAGUCUUGACUAGUCUCACCGACGUGACGGACUAACAGUGCUUGCGAGUAAAGCUUAGAGCGAAUGGCAUAUUAGGAUCAAGUAUUUUAUAAGUGUAGAUUGUCAGACUAUUGAAAAUUGCUAUAUCAAAAUGAAUACCAAUGGGAAUAGCUCUUCCGACAAUGCCGUGCACGGAUGUAAGGAAAGAGAUGCUGAAGAGAUUAAGAUACCGAUGCCGUGGGGUCAUAUAAGUGGAAAAUGGUGGGGGCCAACAAAUAAACAGCCUAUAAUUGCAAUACAUGGCUGGCAAGACAAUGCAGGAACAUUUGACAACUUGGCAUCAUUGUUGCCAUCAAAUAUAGCUAUAUUGAACAUAGAUUUACCUGGUCAUGGCUUCUCUUCUCAUCUACCAGAUGGACAAUUCUACUAUGUAUUUUGGGAUGGGGUUUUUAUACUACGUAGAAUUAUUAAAUAUUACAAAUGGGACAAGGUAAGCCUCCUUGGGCAUUCACUGGGUGGUGCCAUAUCUUUUCUAUAUGCAGCAUCAUAUCCUGAUGAAGUUAAUCAUCUCAUAAGUUUGGAUAUUGUUAGUCCAGCUGUACAAGAUGUCACAAAAAUAGCUAGCCUCACUGGAGAAUAUAUCGACAAAUUCUUAAAAUAUGAAUUAUUGUCACUGGAUAAUGUGCCAUGUUAUGAAUAUGAUGAAAUGCUUGAUAUAGUGUAUAAGGCUUAUGACGGUUCUAUAACAAAGGAAUCAGCAGAAAUAUUAAUGAAACGUGGUAUAGAACCAGCAUAUUCAAGGGGAAAAUAUGUUUUUUCUCGUGAUGCAAGACUAAAGGUUGCAUUUUUGGGGAUGCCAUCUCUAGAAUUAGUACUUACUUAUGCAUCUCAAAUAAAAUGCGCUUAUCUCAAUAUUCGUGCUGUUCCUGGAUUAAAAUUUGAACGAUCUGAAUAUUACUAUGCAGUACUGGAAAAAAUAAAAGUGCAAGCUAGGAAAUUCGAAUACCAUGAAGUGGAAGGAUCACAUCACGUACAUUUGGAUGCACCUGAAAAAAUUGUAUCUAUAAUAACAAAUUUUCUAUUAUAGAAUCAGUAAUGUUAUUUAUUUAUUAAAGUAGUUACUUAAAUUUGUCCUUAUUUCUCAAUUAUAAACAAUGAUAUUCAAAAGCACAUUGCUACAAAUUGAUCUCUGAUAUGUGCUUACAUCAUUAUUCGUUAUAAUUUGUCGAACUUAACAAAUAUUCAAUAUAUUUUACGGUAUCAACCUUAUCAUUAAACAUAAUAGGGAAAUAAAUUUAUUCAUUAUAUUAAUAAUGUUUAAUAGAACAAAGUACUUAACAAGCAAUUAAUAAUCAGUGAAUCGAUUUAAUAUCUAAUCUUGAACUUAGCCAAAAUUCUUAAAAGUACAGUAAUUAAAUUUUCAAAUUACUAUUUUCUAAAUGACACGUUUUAAUUAAUAAUAACAUUCCGUUUUGCUGAACGCAAUCAUUGUUUUAUUAUUGUACGUAAAAACAAAACUCUUUUUGAAGAGGAUAAUUAACGCUUUAAUAAAUAAAAAACCUAUAUGCGUGCUAUUUAUGUGGGUAUAAAAGUAGAAAGAAAUGAAAAUAUAUUGAUUUUGUGCUCAAAUUACUUUAAAGAAAUAAGAAACGUAAUGUCAUUCUUAUGUAAUAUUUGUUAGACAUAUUUUCAAAAAUAAAAUUAAUUUUAUAAAUGAGAUCUUGUAUAAAAGCUGUCUAUAUAUGUAUGUAUACAUACGUCACACGCACUGACACACAUAUAUGUAUAUGCGUAGAUAUGUAAUAAUUUUGAUAUAAUAAGCUAGGAACGUCGAUCUACAGAAUUAUCACGUCUAUCAGAGGUACUUUCAAGAAAAUAGAUGUAUUAAACGAUUAGUAGAUGUGUUAAAUGAUUGUUUACUCAUUUAAUCUUAACUGUAUGUCACAAAAAAUUGACUUAAAUAACAAGAAUAUGCAACAUUUUAA